UCAUUUGUUGUCUCACAUGCAAAUCACUAAUGUGUGCUAUUUGUAAACAAACAUUUUUUAGACAAAAUAUACUACUAAGUGAAGUCUAAUCAUAUAUUAUGAGAUUUGACCCUGUUAUGCUCCAGUCUACACUCAACCACUGACAGAAAUGGUUAUGUUUAGUUUGGAGUAGAAAUUUUAAACAAUGUGGCGGGGGUAAAAACUAUUUACAAACACAGUGAGAAUAAUAUAAUGAUACCUUCAAACACUAUUUGUGUAUCUCAGGAAGGUCCAGCGAAUGCCUUAGCACUUAAUAAAGAUUGUACACAAGUCGUAAUCGCUGGCAGGAAUGUAUUCAAAGUAUUUUCGAUUGGUGAAAAUGAAUUUUCCGAAGUGUGCAACCUAAGAGUAGGCAAGAAUUUGAACUUAAAUUUCUCAUCCAUUGAUGUAGCAUGGAGUACUAUUGAAGAGAACACAUUGGCUACAGCUGCAACCAAUGGAGCUGUGGUGGUUUGGAAUCUGGGCAGGUCGGGACGGUCCAAGCAAGAGCAUGUGUUCUCAGACCACAAGAGAACCGUCAAUAAGGUCAGCUUCCACCUGACGGAGCCAUCUCUUCUCAUAUCAGGCUCCCAGGAUGGCAUGAUGAAGUACUUCGACCUCCGCAUGAAGGAGGUAGCUAGAACUUUCAUAAGCAACACCGAGUCCAUCCGCGAUGUCCAGUUCAGUCCCCACGCGGCGCACGUGUUCGCAGCGGUGUCCGAGAACGGCACGGUCCAGCUGUGGGACUCUCGCAGACACGAGCGGGCCAUGCAUCAGUUCACGGCGCACUCGGGACCCGUGUUCGCCUGCGACUGGCAUCCCGACGUGCCCUGGCUGGCCACCGCCUCCAGGGACAAGACCAUCAAGGUGUGGGACAUCCACGCGCGUCCCAACUUGGAGCACACCAUAUACACCAUCGCAUCAGUAGGCCACGUCAAGUGGAGACCGCAGAGGAAGUUCCAGGUGGCGUCGUGUGCUCUAGUGCUGGAUUGCGCGGUGCACGUGUGGGAUGUGAGGAGGCCGCACGUGCCCCUGGCCACGUUCGCGGAACACCGUGACGUCACCACCGCCAUCGCCUGGCAGGCCACGCCGCACGCCUUUCUCUCCACCAGCCGAGACUGCAGCCUGUACCGUCACAAGUUCAGCGAGGCGGCUCACCCGGUGCUGUGGGCCAACCCACAGGCAGUGUGCGUGUCGUCUCGCGGUCAGCUCGCCAGCGCUCUUCCGGAUGCUCCCCUUCCUCGGCCGCGGACCUGCGCUCCCGAGAGACUCGUGCCCGGCCUCGGUCGUAAGCAGCCCACGGCAGGAUCGCUGAGUGCAUCUGCGCAGGCGGCCUUAGAGCGCGCAUUUCCGGGUAGCGCGUCUUCCUCCCUGGCCCGACACACUCCCGUGGCCUCUCAGGACCAGCCGGUGUUGGCCUGCGCACACCUUUACCGUAUUCGGGGCCAGCCGCCUCAUGUCCUGGCCGAGCACAACGCGAAAGUCGCGCGUGAUCACCAUCGGUACAUGGUGAGUCACGUGUGGGAGGUGGUCCGCAGCGUGUACAGCGCCCGCGCCGUGCGCAGCGCUCCCGCCCCGCCGCCGCCCCGCGCUCCGCCACCGGUCGAGGAUACGCCGCCCCUGCCGCUGUACAGCGCUGUCGAAGAGGAACCUCUCGAGGAAGUCGAGGAGUGGGAGAAUCGUCUGCACCAGCACAGCGGCGUGCUUGGACUGCCGACACACGCUGUUUACAUCCCGCCUGCCAAAUACGCCAGGGAAGGAGAGGACGGCGGCUGGGUGUCGGCGGCGUCGGCUCACUACGUGGACGUGGAGGCGGCGGACUGGACGCUGCCGGACGAGGCCUUCCCGCUCCGAGCGCCGCCCGCACCCCCCGCACCGCCGCCCGCACCCUCGCAGCACACGCGACCCAACGAACAAGAACACGACGCAGAGUCAGUAGUCGCAGGAGGCACGGGCGUGGUCGGACAUGCGGGGCCCUCGUCCCCCGGGUCCUCGGGCUCCGGCACGGGCUCCAGUCGACACGAAGGGCUACAGCGUUCCAGCAGCCAGAACUGUGGCAGUUCCGAGGGGGAGGGUGGCGAGGGCGGAGAGGGUGCGGAGGGCGGAGCGCUGUGUGUGAGGGAGGGUGCGGGGCGGGGCACCGGGCGAGCGGCACUGGACCCCGCGCCGCUGCUGGCCCUGGCACUGCGUCUGCACGCGGACCUCGGCGACGUGCAGACGGCUGCCGUAGUCUGCCUGGCGCUGCAGGACCACCGGAGCGACCUGUUCCCGUACAUCGACGAGAGCCUGCAGGAGCAGUGGCUGCUGGGGUACAUCGAGCUGCUGCAGCGCCACAAGCUGUACAACGCGGCCACGGAGGUGAUCCGCUGCUCAUGGGUGAGCGGCGUGUGGUCUCUGUCGCAGCAGUCCACGAGCGUGGCGGCGUGCUGCGCGCGCUGCGGCCGCCGCAGCAGGCCGCGCGCCGCGUGCGAGUGCGCGCCGCGGGCUCCGCCGGACCUGUGCGCCGUGUGCCACCAGUGCGUGCGCGGCCUGUACGCGUGGUGCCAGGGCUGCGCGCACGGCGGCCACCUGCGACACGUUCAGUCGUGGCUCAAGGAACACCAGCUGUGCCCGGCCGGCUGCGGACACGCCUGCCAGCUCGCAUGACCUCGCGCCCCGACCAGUAAGGAAGGAGCUCCACGGCGACCGGCGGCAAGCGGCCAAGUAACUGUUAAAAUGUUAAUCGUGACGAAAUAUUUCUUGUGAGCUGUCGAGGUCGGGACCCCGGCGGGGACGGACACCGCGGGACGCGUACUGACAGCGCAGUACAAUGUUAUUAAUUAUUUAAGUAAAAGUGGCUGCACACACACACACAUACAUACAUAUGGGGAAUGUUUAUAUUUUGUAAAUAAAACAAAUAAAACAUA